GCUCGUGGCCCUGAGCUCGGCAAAACGCACUCAUUAGAACACUUUCCCAAGUACACUUCAACUCAAAGCCCAGCGCACGUCAGUGUGUGUGAGAGUGGAAACCGUGCUAGUGAGAGUAAGAAAUCAGAGAAGGUAAUCAGUGUUAAAAGAAGAAGAAAGUUUGAAGAAACUGGGAACCUGAUUCCAUCGCAUGUGGAAUAUUUACUGGAUCUUGCUAAUCUUGAUAAGAAGAGAUACUUCGGCUAAAGCAGCAUCUUGAAGGUUGACUUGUGUGGAACUUCAAGUGGUCACGAUCAACUGACAAAUACCACAUAACAAGACCUGCGAGGACAAGGUGACUAUGUAAAGACUCAAGCUGUAAGGUGUCCUAGAGAGCCAUUGACUGGAAUUGGGAACUUUAUAGAGAUCAUACAGAGUUUUUACUGUAAUCCGAUCCUACACAUUCUCCAGUAAUUAUAAAGCAGAGCUGGGAAGCAGUAAAGGAGGUUUGUCAUUAAGGCUGGCUAAAUAAAGAGGCAGGCAAAGGGCAAGGUUUGUGGAUUGGGCCGUGGAGGUGCCGUGACACUCAUCUGAUUCAGCGAGGUCCACCCAAAGCUUCCCAUGGACCCCCAAGGAGGCCAUUAUCUAAACAGGGCAGCAGUACUGUCUGGAGUCGGCGCUGCCCGGAUGUGCCAGCUGCUUCUAGGUUGCACCACCAUGGCCUUGGUGGCCCACAGUGCAGGUUUCAGUGCCACCUACGGGACCUACUGCAUGUUCGUCUGGUGUUUCUGCUUUGCCGUCACACUGGUGGUCUUCUCUCUGGACGUGACGAGGCUACACGGGUGUAUGCCCAUCUCCUGGGACAACUUCACUGUGGCCUUCUCCAUGUUGGCCACUCUCAUGUAUGUCACGGCUUCGAUAGUCUACCCAGUCUACUUCCUCAGAUCUGAGUGCCCAUCCGAGGGCUGCGAGGUGCGCAACUAUCGCAUCGCUGUCACCUUCUGCUCCAGCGUCUGCUGCUUCGCCUACGGGGCCGAGGUGUUUAUCACACGGGCCAAGCCGGGCCACGUGGUUGGCUACAUGGCCACUGUGUCUGGUCUGCUCAAGGUGGUCCAAGCCUUCAUAGCCUGCAUCAUCUUCGGUGCUCUGGCCAAUGACAGUGAAUAUAACCGCCACAUCCCUACUCAGUACUGCGUGGUAGUCUACAGCCUGUGCUUUGCUGUAACAGUGGUGGUGGUGGCCCUGACUGUCUCGGGGAGAACGUCUUCACUGCGCUUCCCUUUUGACCGCUUUGUGGUCAUCUACACCUUCCUUGCAAUGCUGCUGUAUCUGAGUGCUGCUGUGGUCUGGCCGGUUUUUAGUUUUGAUAAGAAAUAUGGCACCCUGGUGCGACCAAAAGACUGUCAGAGAGGAAAGUGCCCAUGGGACAGCAAGCUGGUAAUCGCUGUGUUCACUUGUGCCAACCUGGUGCUGUACUUCACCGAUCUUGUUUACUCUCAAAGAAUACGAUUUGUCUCACAUUCAGCUGCGUAAGACCAGCUCAUCUCCAGAAUGGUGGACAUAUGAAUACUGGAAACGAGGCUUGAAAAUGUUGUAACAUACAGCCAUGUUAGUAAAAUACAGCUGUGUUUACUUGUAGUACUUUAAAAUACUCUGGAUUUUUGUAAUUUUGUUGAUUAGAAUGAAAAUGUUGAGACUUUCCAACUGCAAUUCUAACUCCAAUUGAUUUUUUUUUCUUUGUGUUACUUGGUAAAGUCUUUACUUUGCUUGUAGAAUGAAAUCAAAACAAGUCUAGACUCUAUUCCAAUGUACCAACUGACCUCUCUGACAAUAUCUCUCCUCAAUUCAUUGACACUGUAAGACUUAAAUGGAUAGUUCAACAAAACAUGUAAAUUCUGCCAUUGUUUACUUUUUAUUCGAUUUAAACUUUAUUUCUUCUGUAGAACACAAAGGAAGAUAUUCUGAAAAUGCCGUCAGUUUUGGUGAUUGUAUUGGACAAAAACAUUAUAUUAUGUUCUACAGAAAUUCAUAGAGUUUAGGGAUGACAUGAGGCGGAGUAAAAGAUGACAUGAUUUUUAAACUAUACCGUCAAGUAUGUUUUUUGUUGU